CUCUCUCUCUCUCUCUCUCUCUCUCUCCCUAACCUUUUUCUUUUUCCUUCUCUCUCCAGGCCCUUUAGGUUCUAUCUAUCUUGUCGUGUUUCCUCCGUCCCCCUAAUAAUACACUACGCUGACGAACUCCGCCCUCUUUCGCCCCUCUAUCAAUCCUCCCCCCAAAGAAACCCAAACGAAAAUAAGACAGUAGAGAUAAAAAUAUAUAUAAACAUAAAUAGAAAACCACUCCCCUGCUUCUGCCCCCGCACGAAGGAAGAGCGUAGCACUAGAUGAUGGUAGCGAAGAAGCCUCGCGUCGUGAUCGUUGGGGCGGGCAUGGCGGGGAUCACCGCUGCCCACCGACUCCACACAACCUCCUCCGGUGACCACUUCGACCUCUGCAUCGUGGAGGCAAGCCACCGAACCGGCGGCCGCAUCCUCACAUCCGAGUUCGCCGGAGACCGCAUCGAAAUGGGCGCCACCUGGAUCCACGGCAUCCGAGGUAGCCCCAUCCACGCCCUCGCCAGCGACAUCGGCGCCCUCGCCCAUGACUCAUACCCCUGGGAGCGGAUGGACGGCUUUCCCUCGGAUCCCAUCACCGUCGCCGAGGGCGGCACCCUCAUCGACCCCUCCCUCGUCGUCGCCCCCAUUACCUCCCUCUACCGCCGACUCAUGGACUCGGCCCGGGCUGGCGACGCUCCCGUGGAUCCAAAGCGCCCCGGCGUCGGCCAGUUCCUCCGCCACGGUCUCCAAGAGUAUCGCGCCUCGCGCACUGGCGGCGGCGGUGAUGGCGGCAGUCGCAGCACCGACUGGAAUCUUGAGGAACUGGAGGAGGCCGUGUUCACGAUGCACGAGUUCACGGAGCGGACCUGUACCUCCGCGGACGACCUCGAGGAGCUUAACCUCGCCGCAGAGGGGGAGUACCGGGACUACCCCGGGGACCAUAUCACCAUCGCUCAAGGCUACUCGCGGAUCGUUCAGUACCUGGCCUCGGCCCUCCCCCGGGGCAUGAUCCGCUUCGGUCGACUCCUUCAGCGCAUCGAGUGGCGCUCGGGCAGCGACGACGACGGCGGCGACGACGGAUGCAGGGACGGCGGCCCGGUAAGGCUAUACUUCGAGGGAGAGCACUCGGCGAUGGUGGCAGACCACGUGAUCGUUACGGUGUCGCUGGGGGUGCUCAAGGCUGGGCUGGGAAAACGAGGAGAAGAAGGCAGCGGGGUAGCGUUCUCGCCGGCCCUGCCCGUGUUUAAGCGGGAAGCCAUCGAACGGCUGGGGUUCGGAGUGGUGAACAAGCUGUUCAUGGAGAUGGACGCCGCCGAAGGUGGGGGGCCGUUCCCAUUCCUGCAGAUGGCGUUCGCCCAGGAGGAGGAGGAGGAGGACAGGAGGAGGCGCGUGGCCGAGAUUCCGCGAUGGAUAAGAAAGACGGCAUCCAUCUGCCCCAUCUACGACAGCUCGCGCGUGCUGCAGGCGUGGUUCGCCGGGAAGGAGGCGCUGGAGCUGGAGGCGCUCCCCGACGAGGAGGUCAUCCGUAGUAUCCACCUCACUCUCCACGCCUUUCUGCCGGGGGUGGCCACGAGGGCCGCCGGCUCGGUGGACCGACGAUGCAACGGCGUAGGAGCGGCGCCGACUUACCCGGGGAGGAUCUCGAGGGUGAAGCGGAGCGGGUGGGGAAAGGACCCGCUGUUCUUGGGCUCCUACAGCUACGUGGCUGUCGGAUCGAGCGGGGACGAUCUGGAUCUGAUGGCGGAGCCGCUGCCCCGUCGUGGUCGGGGCGGGGAGCCGGAUGACAGGGACGUGGUUUCUCCCCCUCCCGCGCUGCAGAUACUGUUCGCUGGGGAGGCGACGCAUAGGACGCACUACUCUACCACGCAUGGAGCGUAUCUAAGUGGGAUCAGGGAGGCCAACCGCCUGCUCCAACACUAUCGCUACACGUCGGCUGCUUUGUGACCAUCAUCGUUCCAAGGCGGCUUGUGCGACGGAGGCGAGGAGGGGAACGCGUACUUGUACGCGUACCAUAACGAGCCAUCUUUCUUUGCAUCUCUACACUAGUAUCGGUCGUUCUUUCUCUUGGAACGAAGGCAUCCAAAAGUGUCUUGACCUUGUGAAUCCGUUCCGCUACUGGAGAGAGUUCUGCAUCAUCUCCUGGCUGAAUUAUAUUUAGUACUUCAAAGCUUCGGUGUCAGCACUUGUAAAUUUGCUUCUGCAAGAAAUGACUCGUCUCCAUUACUCGAGGUUGCCAGUGCCACCACGUGAGGUGGGGGAUUCUGCAUGGCCCUCAUCUUAGCCGGAACCACAACCAAGCCCGUCUCCGACGCUCAGAUUGAUCCUUUAGGCUCUUUUAGAUGAACAGGGCCGCAAAAGCUACUGUCCCCUAACAUGCCACAACACUUGAAACUUGUGUUUUUUACCUAAAUUUUAAUUCCUGAUAAGUCAGAUUCUUUA